AUGACCUCCUCCAACCCUCAGCCGUUGAGUGCUGUACAUUCAUCUCCGAAUCUUAUACCCCCAGCGCGCCCUACCCGACCCCGCUUAUCUCGGGGCAUAUCAUCCAGGAGGCCAGCCCCUCCUCCCGUACCGCCAUCGCUGCGAGAUCACCCAUUACUGGACGUAGUAGCUCAUGGGAACAGCUCUUCCUCAUCAGCUCUCGGCACGUCUAGCUCAUCCGGCGCUUCGUCAAUGACAUCUCCCGGUAGCGUUGCGAGCUCGCGUCGUUCAAGCGUAUCUGCAUCAUCUCCAGUUGGCCGACCAGCCGAUAAAAUCCAUCCGCUACCUCUACCAAGUCCUACCAACCUCUGGUCAUUACCCGCUCAUCCCAGCCCUCCCAUCGGUGGUCCCUGGCAACUCGCACCUGACGUUGAGCCCAUAAGAGACUCGAUGGACUUAUUCGAUACAGUUCCUGCCGGAUCAACUGUCAGUGUGGCAAGUCCCAGCGGAUAUCCCUGGUAUGCAACAACAGGCACAACCGCUUCCCCAGCCGGACACGCUCGCGAACUCGCGACCAAGCAGCCCAAUCUUCAUCUUCCUCGUCGACAAGUUCUUACCCCUCAAUCACACCCCCACGAAGUCGUCAGGAGCUCGGGCACCGUCAGCUCGCAACGGCAUAAUAUCGGGACGCUACAUAUACACUCUCCUCAACCAUCGCCGCCCGUGACACCAGCUGCGGCUUGA